GUGAUUUAAAUUCUGCCGCUUCCAAAAUAAAUAUUCUUGGAUGGUCGGUUCUGUAUCCAUUAUAACCGCAGAUUUUCGAUGUGCCUUUGGUUCUUAUUGAAAAUAGAUGUGUAUCUGAUAUAGAUGUGUAUACUGCUUGCUGAAUUUGUUGGGUUUGGCUGCCAUCCAAGUUCAUGGUUUUGUUUACAAAUCCUUCGUAUAAUACUUCGAACUCUGAAUCUUCACAUCGUUGAUUGAGGCUAAUAUCCCAAGUUGUGUAACCAUCCUCUGAAUCUAAACAUUUUCCGUGUGAAUACGGACAGAUUACUCCAUGUCGUAAUAUGAUUUGAUCAUUUUCAUUAUCAACUGCAGCGAGAUAGUUGUAUAAUGAAAUCUCGUAUUCAUAGUAAACUAAUACGCUGGUCCAUGUAUACUCAGGAGUUCUAUAGACGCCUCCAUUGCAAUUACUUCCGGAAACAUGGCCCCGAGGGGCGGAUCACUUAUGUAUUUACGAUUCAGUCUUGUGUAUUGAUGGGUGCACUGAUGCAUUUUUAAAGCAUUACGCAAUAUAUUUGUGCAUUUUUGCAUUAUAAUACGCAUUGGUUUAUUUUGUGGUGCAAUAGUGUAUUGACAAAUACAUUUUCCUUUAAGUUACGCAUUACCGCGCUUAAUUGUGAUAAUUUUGACAUUCAUUUAAUAAAAAUGUUUGUAUUUUAAUUUUGAAGUGCUAUAUGUGCUUAUGUUUUCUUUGUGUAAAUAUUUGAUUUUGACAGUUUGACUGUUGGUAAGUAUGUGUUGCAGAAGUAUGUGCAAGAUAAAAUCUGUAUUUGUUUAAAAUUUAUAGAAAGAUGGAAAACACGUGUAGUGAUCAUAUUAAAAUCAUCGAAACGCUUAUAAACUUAAAAGUUGGUAAUAAUUUCAAACAGAAUUUUGCAAAAAUUAACUUGCUGAAUAAUAAUCUGGCGGUGAUUAAAUGCACAAUUUGUGAUAGUGAAAUUGAAAUUAUAACAAGAAGUAUAUCUCCAACUAAUCGACAGUGGAUGGUCGGAAAAUGGCUCACACAUUUAAGAUUGCAUCCACCUUCAAAUGGUAUUAGAAAUUAUGCGUGCUGUGGAAGGGAUAUAAUGUAAAUUCUUCUUUCAGAACCUUCAUUACACAGUGAUACAUGCUAUGAUACUGAAGAUGAACUGGAUAACUAUUUGAUUCAUUCUUCUCGUUCGGCGGAUCGUUCUAAUGAAAAAAAAGUUGCUAUAAGUCGAUCUCAAAAACGCAAUAUUAAGAUGACGACAGCAGCUGUGAACGACACUAGGCAAACAAAAAUAUCAAAAUAUUUCCAAUCGUACAAGUCAUUGGGAAACAGAACUGAAUCAAAUAUUGAUCAUGAAAUGAGACCAGUGUAUAUUUCUUCAUCUUUACCCUCUCUUGGGCCUUUCAACAAUGCACAUUUUACUGAUCUGGAAUCCGGGAUAAAUAACUUACCAAUGCUUUUGAACGUAAUCGAAAAACUGCCCCUCACAUUGAUGAUGAAACAAUUAGUCAAGGAAACCGUUACCAAUACUUUAAAAAAUAUUGUGAAAAAUAAAGCAGCGAAAGGUGUGCGAUAUAUGAUGGAGACAAAGCAUAUUGGGGCCUACCUUUAUCUCUUAGGUGGCCGAAAGGAUUACGAGGAACUUGUCGUGAAUCUAGGACUGCCUUCGGUUUGUACUGUAAUGCGACAUAUUAGAAAAUCGUGCGAUAAAAUACUAGAAGGAAAACUGCGAGUCAAGGAAUUGGUUCAAUUUCUACAAACUCAUAACUUUCCAAAAGUCAUUUUCAUAUCAGAGGACGGUACAAAAAUUAAUCCGAGAAUACGUUACGAUAUCGAAAGAGAUCAAAUAGUUGGAUUUUGUCCAAAUUUGAAUGAAAAUGGGAUGCCUCUAAUCGACUCUUUCAGUGCUACAUCACCAAAUGUAAUACAAGAGUAUUUCAAAAAUUUUGAUAAAAGUACUAUUGUGUAUGUUAUUCUUGCAACACCACUCGCAUUGAAAACACUUUCCUUCAACUUGCUUUCUUUUGGAACUAACAACAGAUUUUCAAUAGAAGAGGUAUUACUUCGAUGGGGCAUAAUAGAACGAGAACUAACGGCAGCUGGAAUAACGGUUGUAGGAUAUGGAGCAGAUGGCGAUACUCGUUUAAUCGGUAGCAUGAAAAUUCGCAUGGGGCUACCUAGAUCUAUUUCAAUCGUUCCUUUAGAAGUUCCAAGCGUUUGGAAAUCAUGGUAUGCAGCUAGAGGACGAAUAUCUAAUAUUUAUAUACAAGACAGCACACAUAUAAUAAACAAAAUGAAAAAUUGUUUGCUUUCAUCAACAAGAGCUCUACAAAUUGGUAAAUUCCCAGCGUCGCGUGGUCAUUUAAUAGCCAUAGCUAAAGAUGGCAAAGAAAACACCGGACUGGCAGAAUCUGAUUUAGAACAGCACGACAAAAUGUCUGUUAAAAGUUUUCAUAAAAUAAUCGAUCCCCGAGUCAACGAAUGGUUGAAUAAAUAUCCUGGAACUAAUGCUACAGUGGCCUUUAUCACUAUCAUGAGACUUGUAUAUGACUCUUACGAGCAGCCCUCUUUAUCACCGUUGGAAAGAAUAAAAGCAAUAUGGUGUGCAACGUUUUUCAUACGAGUGUGGCAUCGCUGGGUGCAAAAAUGCAAUAAUUUAAAACUGGAAGAGCAUUUUUUGACCGAUAAUGUAGAACUAGGAAUAGAGUUAAAUGCACACGCGUUAAUCAACUAUUUACUGUUUUGUCGAAAAUUGAACCGAUCAGAACUAUUCCUUCCAACGCUAUUGAAUUCUCAGCACAACGAACGUUCUUUUGCCAACGCACGAUCGAUGACAGGAGUUCAAAACACUGUGAUCAAUUUUGAUAUGCUUGAAUACUUGAAUAAAGCGACACGUUUUGAAUAUUUGGAUGAGCUACGAAGAAAACUCGACGGAAAAAUUUCGUUCGCAAGGGAAAAUUACAGAACAGUUGAGUUUGAAAAUUUUGAAUUUCCGACAAACUUUACGAUUUAUGAAGCAGUGUAUGCUGCAAAACUUGAUGCCCAAAAGUUGCUUAAAUCAGUCGGCUUAAAAUGGAAAGCUACUGAUUUUGAAUGUGCUCUAAGAUCACCGACUCGAAACAUCGUUCUUCCAUUGACUGAGUUUAAUGUGUUUAAAGAAAAUCAAGAAUCACAAUUAGAAGGAUCGUCACAAGUUAUAAAUGAAUCGAAUGAUAUUGACAAUGGUGUAAUAUUUGAAGCACGCGCUCUUUUAAGUAGCCUUGAUUCGGAUAUACGUAAGAUAUCGAAAACAAACGACGUUGGGGGACAAAUAGCACCGAAAGGGUUUUUCACGAUCGUUACUACAUCAGGAAAAAUAAUGUUGGCACGCAAAGUGACUGUCUUAUGGCUGCUGUCAAGUAAUACGACUAGAAUCAGUAACGAUAGAUUACUACGAUAUCGACCAUACAAUACUGCACAAAACAAUCCGGUCUUGAAAAAUGAAAAUAAGGUUCAAGAUAACCUAUCUAUAGGAAAAUGGUUUAUAUACUUGGAUGGAAAACUCAAAAUAGUAGCCCAAUCAUUAGGUUUUAUGUUUUUACAGGGAAAGUCCAAACGCGAAAAAGAGUGCUCAUUGAAAACUGUGCCUAUUAUACCGCCUGAUGGAUUAAUAAAUCCAAGAGGCAUAGGUGUAGUGUGUUGCAAGUUUUCCUAUUCAGCAGAUGGUAAAUUGUAUGUCGUUUCAGAUGCUGCUAAAAUUAAUAUAGAUCGUUAUGUAAGCCAUAUCGAGAAACCAACUUUGAACGAUUUCAAGUUAACUACUAGUUGUAUUCUAUACAUAUCAAACCUGUAAAAUAAAAUAUAUUUCAAUUCCAUAACAUUGAUUAGAAAAAAAUUAACUGGUUUCAUUUCUUCAUAAUCAACUCUCAGCUGGUUACUUCACAGUUCUUCAUCCCAGUAAUCCUACUUGUUUCUCUUCCGUGAAAAACCCGUCUACAAUUGAUCUGGUUCUAACAGAUCAAAGUCACAUUUGUAGUGAACCGGUUACUCAUGCUGACUUUGACUCAGAUCAUCUUCCUGUAAC